AUGCCCGCCGCAGGCGGAGGCCAGGCGGCUCCCGGGCCCGGCCACGGGGGGGAGUGUUCGUCGCCGGCAGACCCCGGGGUCAUACUCGACAGUGUUCGGGCCCUGGUCCGACGUCGCGUCGACGUCGAGCGAGGCCGCUCCGAUGCCCCCGAGUGGAUGCGCGGAGCGUCAGCGUCCGCUCCGCUGCAGGACCGCCUGACAGUCCUCCUGACCACGUCAGCAACGCGGAGCAACCCCUCCACAGCACUCAUCGAGGCCGUGCUGGGCACGUUUCCGUUCUGUCCGGGCCUGGAACAGUGCAGGCUCGUCGUGGUGUGCGACGGAUGCAACGUCAAGCAGGACCACGAGAUCCAGGGCCGCGGCGUCAAGGCCUUGUACCGGGGCGGAAUGGUGCCUGGAGAGCAGGGGCUGAGCGACUACGCAGAGUACAAGACACGUUUGCGUCGAAUAUGCGGCGACGCCGGGCGGUUCCCGGGCGGCGCCGCGGUCGUCGAGCUGGACACGCGGCACGGCUUCGGGCUCGCGGUGCGCGCCGGGCUCGCCCACGUGUCCACCCCGUACGUCAUGGUCGUGCAGCACGACCGCAACUUCGCGCGCCCCUUCGACGUCGCGGGCCUGGUCGACGCGGUCGCGGCGGACGCCGCGAUCAAGAUGGCCGCGCUGCUCAACACGUCCAUGGCGGACCACGCGCGCCGCGUACACGGGCGCAUCGGCGGGACAAUGCCCGUGUCGCCCGCGGAGUGGUUCGCGUGGGCGGGCGCCGAGCGCCGCGUGCCCGCGGCGGCGCACCUGCGGUUCCGCCCGCUCGCGUACUGGCUCGACUCGACGCACGUUUGCCCGACGGAGCACUACCGCAGUUUCGUGUUGGGGGGGGGGAGUGGGCCCGAGGGCAAGAUUAAGAGGGGGGGGUUUAUUGAAGACAAACUCGGGCAGCUGCAGAUCAAGGAGCUGCGAAGGGACGGGCCGGGGAGCCACGCGCGGCACGGGACGUACAUUGUGGACGACGGGCGGGAGCCCGAGGACGUGCUGGCGCGGCACUUUGACGGGGGGGCCUUUGAGCUAGGUAACGGGUACAAGCAUUUCCCCGGGUCGCUGUGGAGCCCCGACGCGGCCUUCUGCGGGCCCUGCCGCGGUCUGCGCGACGCCGUUGUUGCCCAGAGCGGUUUCGCGACGGGCGCCAGGGGGCGCGGCGGAGAGAGAGGGGGCGCCGCGGAUGCUGGCAGCAGCGACGACGAGGCGCCCGGCGGGGCCGGCGCAGCGGGGGGCGCGUGCGGGGGCGGGGAGGGCCUGUGCGUUGGGUGCGGUGGCCGGCUGGAGUGCGCGCAGGCGUGCUGA